AUGAAAAAUGUGUGUAGGCAAUUGAGAGAUGUCGUAUUGUGUCCAUCAACCAAGCCCGAGUUGUAUUCAAUAUUCCGCUGCAAUGUCGAUAAAUACGACAUUCGCAAACACCAAUCUACGCGAGUGCUGGGCAAUUUGGAGUUUGACCCAGUGUCCAUGGCAAUUAGCGGCGACUACAUAGUGGUGGGUGGUCAGCGGGCAGAGUUGGCGGUGGGGCGACUGAGUGAGCCAGAUAAUUUGACGGUUGUCCGGUCAGGUGGAUCCAUUAAUAAUUUUGAUAGUGUGACGAAUCUCAAUAUUACUGGAGAACAUGAUGUGCCGCGCUUGUUAGUAUGUAAUAAUGACCAUUCGGUGCGGCUCCUGGCACUACCUAAUCUCGAUUUAUUGACUGAAUUGCGGUUCCCAACGGCUGUGAACUACGCGGCAAUCAGCCCCGAUGGCACAAAAAUGUGUGUGGUAGGAGAUUCAAACGAGGUGUUUUUAUUCCACAAGCGCGGCGACACAUUUGAAAAAAUAGCAACCCUCACAGCCUCCAACGACGCCAGCUUCUCAUGCGACUGGAGCCAGAACUCGAAGCAAUUCGCGGUCGGCAGCCAAGACGGCUACGCCACAGUGUGGGAUAUUCGGUCGCAACAAAAAAUGGUUCAGCUCGAGACAUUCCAACAUGGGAGAUCGCGCGGUGCAUGCAGGAAUGUCAAAUUUUCACCUAGCGGGUCUGUUGAUUUACUGGCGUUUUCGGAACAUACCGGGUACGUCAACAUUGUUGACACAAGGGAGUUUGCCCGGAGGCAGGUUCUCAGUGCUGGAAUGCAUGAUUUGCAAAUCACUGGCAUGCGAUUUGCUGCUGAUAGCUCAGCGCUGUUUGUCGGGCUGGAGCAGUCAAUCCUCGAUACACGGUGGACCAAGUCGGCAGACACAGUUUUGCAAGCAGUGCGUUGA